CCUCCUCCAAUUUGCUUUACAAUUUUUAAAAAUUAAGGAUGGGUACCCACUUGGCUGUUACGAGAUUUAAUUUUUCAACGUCAAAUUUUAAUAUAGUGGUAGCCAAACACAGUGAACAUACUUGAAGCUCAACAUAUGCCCUUGUUUUGCCUGGUUGGGUAUCCAAUUCGAGAAUCUUCACUGUCUUCAAAAGAAGAGUCGCAGAUUAUCAAAGCUUUUGCUUUUUAGGCAAUUGGGUAAUAUAUGAAUUGAAUCAUCACCGAAGCCUUUUUAAUUACACGUAAUCUUUCAGACAUUCUAUCGAGUCAAUUUGGGUGUAAUGGACAAGUGCACCUACCAUCCAAUCUUGGAACAUCCUUGUUAUCCUGGACAUUACAGAAUCUUAUUGGGGGAGGCUUGAUUCAAUUGCAAACAUCUUGCCCUCAGAAGAGAAAAUGCUUUCCCAGUCUUUUUCUAAUUCUGUUUGUACACAAGUGGGCAGUGAAGCUACAUAUGCUCUUAGCAUACCACACAACCAUGAGGUGACGACUGCAGAAGUGCACGACGCUAUACCCCUCAGUGAGUUGCAGACAACAGUACAAAAGAAACAACCAAAGGGGAGAGUACGGUGGACUAUUGAAGAAACACUGACCCUCAUCAAUGCAAAAGAAGUCGAAAAGAAUCUUCCGUCUCCUGGUGGCUUCAUGAAACAGACUAAAUCAGCCAUUGAGAAAUGGAGGAACACCUCUGUGCAAUGUUACUCAAAUGGCCUCAAUCGCACUGCCACCCAAUGUAGGGAUAGGUGGGAUCAUAUUCAGCCAGAUUACAAGAAAAUUAGGCAUUACGAACGCAGUAUUCUAUCUGAACAAGAGAGCUACUGGAACAUGACAACAAAAGAGCGCAUUGAUAAGAAGUUACCAGCAAAUUUUACACGGGAAAUAUUCGAUGCAAUGGAAAAACACUUUGGUCAGAAUCGAACUGUCCAUCCUGGGGACAUGGUUAUUGACACAUCAGCUUCAGAUUAUGGAGCACUGGAAGAACAUGAUGCUGUUGCUGGAAGUAUCCCAUUGCAAAAGAAUACAAAACUGGAGACACCAUUUGAGAAUGGAGGAGAUGCUUCCAUUGAUACAGAGAAUCAGUUUGCUGGAAAAAAACGGAAAGCAAAUCCCGCUACCACAGGCAUUAGAUCAACUUUGACUGAAAACAACAGGCAGACCAUUUCUUAUCUUAAGGUGGCUGAGCAGGGGCACAUCAAACGCCAUGAAAAAUAUUGUAGCAUGGUGGAGCAACAAAUGGAAAUAGAUGAGAAGUAUUUGAAAGAUCAUACCUUGAAUGUACAGAGGAUGAUAUAUGUUGAGGAGCGCAAGGUUAAAGCACAACAAGAAUUAAUUACAGCUUUGAAUAAUAUUGGUCAGGCAAUGUUAAAAAUCUGGUCUUUUAUUAAUAGUGUUCUCUUCCAACCUGAGGCAUGUGUGGACUACAAGUGUCACUAAGAUUCUUGCGAGGGAUGAUCUCAUGACCAAUGAAGGCUUGAAAGUAUCGGUUGCACAAUUAUACACAAUACAAACAACAAUUACAAUUAAUAAUUUCCCAAUAGUUUGGCAUUGAUAAAAUAUGGUAUACAUAUAACUUUCCAAAACAUGAACAAAUGAUACACUCCAGUGAGGAUGAUUUGGGAUUCCAUCAUCAAUUUCGAAGUGCAGUGGGGUGCCCAAGCCCAACGUGGCCAGACUCAUUGUUGAGGGCAUGGUACGUAUGAUUGUCAACUCUCUUUGGUUCUUUCAUCUUUGCUUAAGGAUGAUGUUGGGAAAGGUGAAGGCUUGGGUCCAGUGGUGCUAUUUCGCUAGCUUACAACAACCAUCCAAGUGCACAACUUGAUAUGUAUGUGAGUGUAGUUAAUGGCCGAAUGUUGCAUAUGUGGAGUGGGAUUGUUUAAUUCUGUGAUAGCUUACAGAUCAUGAUGGGAGGUGGCACGUAUUAUGUGGCCACAUACAUGGAUGUGCCCAUCACUAAUUUGGUGUCCGAUUGAAGGUUUCAUGAUAUGUGCUGCCAUGAACGGGUGAUCUUGGCCCUUUAUUUGUCUUUGUAAAUUCCCAUGGUGGAAAGGUCAGUUUGUUCUUUGUGAGGGUGAACAUUUUUUUUUGCUGCAUUGAGUAGCCUUUAAGAUACCAUGGUUGUCAAACAGAUACUGCAGUUGUAUAUAUUUUUGUAUUAGUACCAUAUAACAUUUAUCAAAGCCC